UUUCGCCUUUCCCCCAGUGACUAAUGCAAGGAUGGCCAGGAGACCUAGGCACAGCAUCUACAGUAGUGAUGAUGAAGAUGAAGAUAUUGAGGUCUAUGAUCAUGACUAUGAUGGUCUGUUGGCCAAGGGCGGAAAACGUCAUUUAGGAAAAACCAGGUGGACCCGGGAAGAGGAUGAGAAGCUAAAGCAACUUGUGGAGCAGAAUGGCACAGAAGAUUGGAAAGUUAUUGCCAAUUUCCUUCCUAAUCGGACAGAUGUGCAGUGUCAGCAUCGGUGGCAGAAGGUACUAAAUCCAGAACUUAUCAAGGGCCCUUGGACGAAAGAAGAAGAUCAGCGGGUGAUAGAGCUCGUGCAGAAAUAUGGCCCCAAGCGUUGGUCUGUCAUCGCCAAACACUUGAAAGGAAGGAUCGGGAAACAAUGCAGGGAGCGGUGGCAUAACCAUUUGAAUCCAGAAGUUAAAAAAACCUCCUGGACAGAAGAAGAAGAUAGAAUAAUUUACCAGGCGCACAAGAGGCUGGGAAACAGAUGGGCAGAAAUUGCAAAGUUGCUGCCUGGACGAACUGACAACGCAAUCAAGAACCACUGGAAUUCUACAAUGCGUCGAAAGGUUGAACAGGAAGGUUAUCUUCAAGAGUCCUCCAAAGCCAGUCAGCCUUCAGGAGCUUCCAGUUUUCCGAAGAGUAACCAUUUAAUGGGCUUUACCCCUACUCCGCCUUCUGUGCAGCUGCCAGAAGCUACUCAGACCCCAGCUACAAAUGACUACUCCUAUUAUAUUUCUGAGACACAAAAUGUCUCUGCUCAGAUUCCGUAUCCAGUAGCACUGCAUGUAAAUAUUGUUAAUGUUCCCCAGCCAGCUGCUGCAGCUAUUCAGAGACACUAUAAUGAUGAAGACCCUGAGAAAGAAAAGCGAAUAAAGGAAUUAGAGUUGCUACUAAUGUCGACUGAGAAUGAACUGAAAGGGCAGCAGGCGUUACCAACACAGAACCACACAUCAGGUUACCCAGGGUGGCACAGCACCACCAUUGUGGACAAUACCAGAACUGGUGGAAACAGUGCACCCAUUUCCUCUUUGGGGGAGCAUCACCAUUGCACUCCAUCUCCACCUGUGGACGAUGGCUGCUUGCCAGAAGAAAGUGCCUCCCCUGCAAGGUGCAUGAUCGUUCACCAGAGUAACUUCUUGGAUAAUGUUAAGAAUCUCUUAGAAUUUGCAGAAACACUUCAGCUAAUAGAUUCCGAUCCUUCAUCAUGGGGUGAUUUCAGCAGUUUUGAAUUCUCUGAAGAAGCAGACACUUCGCCUGGCCGAGCUCCCUCAGGCAAAGCCCCACAGCUUCAGGAAACAGAAACGAGUGCAUAUAGGCCCGAAGGACAGCCUUUCUCAAACUGGAGCAAAACCAUGUUGAGUCAGGAGUGCCUGGGCUUGCCAAAGUCCUUGACUGCCUCACAAUGCAGCACAGUUCCGUUGGUCAUUCUGCGCACAAAGAGGCUGCAUCCCAGCCACUUAGCCAGUGGCCAUAAUAAGUCCUUCCUAUUUUCUGAUGUCAGCAACUCAGCUCCUAAGCGCUCCCCUGUCAAAAGCCUGCCAUUCUCUCCCUCGCAGUUCUUGAACACCUCAUCCAGCCAAGAAAGUCUAGACUUGGCCAAUCCUAUGCUAACGUCCACUCCACUCUGUACUCAUAAAGUUACAGUUUCAACUCCCCUUUACAGAGACCAAGCAUUUAAGGCACAAAAGGAAAAUAACAUUUUCAGAACUCCGGCUAUCAAGAGAUCAAUAUUGGAGAGUUCUCCAAGAACACCCACUCCAUUUAAAAAUGCACUUGCAGCUCAAGAAUUCAAAUAUGGACCCUUAAAGAUGCUGACGCCAGGUCAUCUUGGAGAUGAGCUGCAGGAUGUUAUCAAACAAGAGUCUGAUGAAUCUGGUAUUGUCGCUGGCCUAAGUGAAAGUGGAUCCCCUUUGCUGAAGAAAAUCAAGCAGGAGGUGGAGUCUCCAACAGGUAAAUCUAGAAACUUCUUCUGUUCAAACCAUUGGGAAGGGGAAGGUCUGAACACACAGCUUUUCACAUAUACAUCUACUGUGGAAGAUGUACCGAAUCUGCUUACCAGUUCCGGUUUAAAGAUGCCUCCAUCAGAAGAAGAGGAGAAUGCUCAUAAAUUAUUUGCAUUGCAUAGAAAUAGAUCAUCAGGUAGCCCACUUCAGCAUUUUAGCAACACAUGGGAUUCAGCAUCCUGUGGAAAGACAGAAGACCAGCUGACCUUCUCUGAUCCAGGACGCAAAUAUAUGAAUACUUUCUCAACUAGAACUCUGGUCAUGUAAACGGUCUUCCAGUGAGCAUUAUGUUUUCUUUUCAAAACACUUCCAGCUAAUUUAGGAUUUACCAUUCCUAUUUAGGAAACCUUUUUGUGAAUGGGAGAAAAGCCUUUUUUUGUUGUUGUGGUACAACAUUUGGGAGCAGCACAAAGUGCAUAUAAUCACAAAAGCAUAUAUCUAUCUAUCUAUCUACUCAGGUUGGAUUUCACCCAACUUUAAAAAAAGUCUGUUUAGUAAUGAAGCUUGCCUAAAUUAUUAGGUACUGAGUUUGAUGCGAUUAAUAAUGUGAAGUCAGAUUUUUUUUUUUAAAAAAAAAAUGAUUUUUAAAAUGAUUUUAAAAUAUUGGAGAUCGAAUGCACCAGUAUUAAUUCAGUGAGGAGUUCCCUGCCAGUGAGUAAGUUUUACAAGAUGUUCUUUUCUUUUUUAAGAGCUGGCACUCAUCCACCAUUUAUUUUAAAUCACUGAAUAACUGUCUUGACAUAAAAUUCUACAAGAAAAGCAUUACUACCAAUGCUCAUUUAAGAGAUGGUGGAGGGGUGGGAGAUUAUAGCAAGAUGGCAGAUGUUUGCACAUCUGUACCAUUUGAAGUAUGGUUCCACUCAUUAGAGGAGGGCUAGGCUUGUUUAUUAUACAUGUGUGUGAUCUGUUGAGUUUUUUUAAAAAAAUAGCUUGCUUUUAAAAAUUAUUACUGUAUGAAACAUAGUUUUAUGAGAACAAAUUAUAUUUUUAUUCAGUAAUUUAAUUUUGUAAAUGCCAAAUGGAUUCUGUGGGUUUGUUUUGUUUUGCUGCUAUACUUUUACAGCAUGUAGAUAGCCUACUAGUGGGAAAAGGGCCAUAAAGGGGUAUAAGAGAAAGAAAGGAAAAAAGUGGAGGCUAGCUAACUUAACUAUGCACUAGCGUUUCUGAAACAUGAUUUCAUUUCCUCACUUUUACAAGCAAUACUUUGAAACACUGGUUGUUUUUGGGAGAUUUUAUGUACAUGUCUGUGUGUAUUCUGACUACUUUGUAACAGGAAGAAUUGCAAAUUACAUACAUUUGGGAGAUCAGAACUUGCUUGUGUCUUCUGUUUUCUACUGUUUUGUCUUCAUAUUCCCUAAUUUGGAUUUCAUACACAAAAUCCAUUUUUUAAAAGUAUGGUCCUUUGGACUGCCAUCUCCAACCUUGACGAAUUCUAAGAGAAGGUUGUUUCUUUUUCUAGCUUUGCUGCCUUAACAAAUAGAAUUAGGUGCAGCCCUGAUCUGCACUUAACAUUUUUAUAAUACACUGUACUGCCUUGUAGAUAAAUAAAGCGUGUCAUUUUGUAAAAAUU